UUCAAAAGAUGUAUCACAACAUACCCUUCCCAGGGUAAAUGCCGUCCCCGCUAAGGGAUUAAAGUUACAUUGUUAAUGUGUAAAUAUGUCCCCCUAAAAACAAAAGUAUACGGGUAUAAUUGAAAGAAACAAAUAUUUUUUUUAGAAAGGUGGUAAAACAUAAAUUUAUACUUUCUUUAAUUUAUAUUAGUUUCUUAUCAAACUCUUUAUUUUUUUAGUUUUCCAGUUAAAACACAACUCAAAAUAUCACGUGAUGUAAAAGAUACCACAUACGUAUUUGUUUUUGUAGAUAUUAAAAAUUUAAUUGCUUAGUGGAUAAAGAAAAUUACUAAUAUAAUGGCAAAUUAGCAAAAACUUCCUACAAACAAGUUGAGUAUCCUUAAUACCUACCUAUAGGUACCUUUAUUUGGGUUAAAGCAGCGAACUUAAAAAAUGAAUAGGUUUUCUUUGUUUGUUUUUGUAAUUGUUUCAAUUGUUGGGAGUUUAGCAGAAGUAAAUGGAGCUUCUUUAGAAGGAGGUGCUAGUCUGAACGGCAACUCUGUAGAGAUUCAUGGGGUUAUUGAGGGGCCAAGGGGAAAAUAUGAAGUUGAAGAAAAUAAAGAAAAAGGUGUAGCAAAAUUCCUAACAAAAUUAAUAUUUCUACCGAUAACACUACCCAUAUGGAUUACAAAAUGGACUUUCAAACUAAUAGAAGACAUAAUAACAUUAAAAUUACAAAUUAUGGUUAUGAUUUUCCACAAAAUUUACGAAGGAUUUGAAGUUAUAUGGAAUCUUUACAAAAAAAUUCUUAAAGGUGUCCUGGAUAUUGUUGCCAAAAUUGGAAUAAUAAAAAUUGAGUUAAUUGCCUGGAUGAUACUGCAAAUAGAAAAUGGCAUUGGAUAUAUAUUGGCUUUAUUAACAAAAUUGAAAGUAGACUUUGUUAAUAUAUCAGCAGGAAUUACUGCUGCCAUGUUGGGCGUAGUUGGUAAAAUAUUAGGAGUAUUUAUAAACCUCUCUGCUGCCAUAUUAUUGGUAGUGGCUAAAAUGUUACUGAAAGUGCACGCAGUUUUGCUCAAAUUACCGGGCGUCAUGCACUUUGAGGCGAUUUUACGGGAGUGGGGAGGUAAAAUAACCAGCGAUAUUGUUUUGUCCAGCGUCUUUAACGUGCUUAGAUGGAACGAGAAGAUAAUGAGCAUCACUAGUCAAAGUAAAAUAUUAACUGGGGCACAUAGAUACAUGUGGAAUAUUUUCAAUGCUGUUAUUGGGUUUCCAUGGAAAUAAUAAUUUUAAUUAAUAAAUGUUAUUUGAGUUGAAACA